GGCAGGGCAGAGCAGGGCAGGACUUGUUGUGGGGCUGAGCGCGGGAGGAAGCAGGUGUUUCCCUGUGUGAUUGUUAUCUCGGGGCAAUGAGCCCCGGAGCUCCUCGCCGAACUGUUGGGCAGCACCGGGACUCUCAUCGGCGUCAACUCCGGGUGUCUGGUUCUGGGACUGUGGUUUGGGAGAGUGGGGGCCGGGGAGUGGGAUGGAGGCACGGAGGAGGUUGGGGUUCCUGGCCUCUUUCUUCUGCCUCCUUCUGGGCUCCCCUUCCCUGCCACAGACCUUGGAGGACCAUCACAUCGGGACCAUGUACUUAACGGCAGUUCGCGGUGAUGACGGUUUCUUCGAGCUGACAGCCUUCACCAUGCUGGAUGGGCAGAAGAUAGCGUCCUACAACAGCACAGAUCAGGAGAUAGUUUUCGGUCAGAACUGGCUGUACCAGGUGUUAGGCCGGAAUCUGAUCCAGGAAAUGAAGUCCGAUCUGGACAUCUCCGAGAUGGAUUUCCGCUGGGGUAUGGAGAACUGGGCCCAGUACCAGAACCAUAGCAGGGGGAGCCAAACAGUUCAGGUGAUCAUGGGCUGUGAGCUGGACAGAGGCGUCCUAGUGGUCUCUCGCUACAGGUUUGCCUACGAACGUGAGGAAAUGUUGCGGCUGGAUGAGCUGAAGGGAGCCUGGAUGACCACUGGACAAGCCAAAAAGCAGUUUGGGCAUUUCUGGGAGAAGAGGGCAUCCUGGUUUCAGGAGACAGAAUGCUACAUCAGAGAGGAAUGUCCGUUCCUGAUGAGGAUGAUUUUACGCUUCUGGCACCUCAGAGUGCACACACCCCCAGAGGUGACUGUGACCCGCCGCGAUGUCAAGGAUGGCCGUGUCAUUUUCACCUGCCUGGCCACCGGCUUCUUCCCCAGCUCCAUCCUGCUGCGCUGGGUGAAGGAUGGUGAGGUGGGGCUUUGGGGCGAAGAGAGCUCCAGUGGGACCCUCCCCAAUGCCGACUCUUCCUUCUAUUUGCGCCAGACCCUGGAAGUACGGGAAGAGGCUGGGGACACUGGCUACUCAUGUGUGGUGGAACACAGCACCCUGGAAUUGCCCACCUCCAACCCAGCCCCAGAGAAACCUUUAUGGCUGAUGCCAUGGGACCAGGCCCUGGGUGUGAUGGCAGCCUCUGUGCUGGUGCUGAGUCCGGCAGUGGGCAUCAUCCUGUGGAAAAAGAAGAAAACAGAUUCAGGGGGACAGAUCGCUGCUUCAGAGGAGGGUGUGUCAUCCUCCACCAACUAGACUGGGAGCCGCUAUUGGGCUUCACCUGGAUCUUCACUGAUUUUGCUACGAUUGCCUGAGUCUACCUCAGUAUGCCAUUUUAAAUGCUGAAUAAAUGUCAGUGACAACAA